GAAAGCAGAGAAAGAAAUAACACAGAACUGCCUCACUUGCCUUCAUUGCCACCCACUCUUCAACAAGUUAAAGGCCAUGCCGAAGGAGGAACCAUGGUGCCAACAAAGAAAGUAACUCGAGAGCAGCCUGUCCCAGAGAAAAAAGAAAACGGCACAGUCUCAACUCAUGAGCCACGAUUGUCGGAAAGCAUGCCUCCCGGUGCAACAGUAGGACUGCAAGAAGCACCAUCAAUGAAUGAGCAAUUCCCAACCAUAUCAAAGGGCCCAACAUUGACAGCAAGUUCACAAGAAAGUGGAGCAGGAAAUAAAACAGAAGCGCCUCAUUUGCCAGCAUUGCCACAAUUUGUUGAAGAAACUAAUGGGCAAGCAAAGGGAAGAAGCCUGGAGCAAACAACAAACGCAACUGCACUAAACCCUGUUAUAGAUACCGCAGAAAACGCCACAGUAACUUCUCAUGAGCCAGGAUCUUCGCGAAGCGUGCCUGCCAGUAGAAUAGCAAGUCCGCAACGAGAACCUUCAAUAAACUUGAAAUUACGAACUAAUCCUACGGUCGGUGCCACGACCAUACGGUCUUUAGAAAGUGGAGCUAAACAUUUACCGGUUUUAAAGCUUUUACGUGAACUUGUUAAACACAGUAAACCGCAUGCAGAAGGUGGAACCACGGAACCAACAAUGAAAGUAACUGGGGAACAGUCUGUUACAGAUACCACAGAUAACGGCACAGCCACAAUGAAUGAGACAGGGUUCUCGCGCAGCGUACCUGCCAUUAGAAUAGCAGGUCCGCAGCAAGUAUCGUCAGUAGCAACUGCCGGAAGAUUACGAAUUUUUCCUGCUGGAUCUAUCAGUGUUUUAGGAGGCAACUUAGCUGCGGAUGUAAAAAGCUUGCCAUCGAGAAAAAAUGUAAAUAAUGGCAACGUGAACACAAUAUUUCCAGGAAGCACAUCACGAAGAGCAAGUAUACGGAACUUCGCUACAGAAGCUACAUCAGAAAUAUACGGUGGAACAUCUGCACAGACAAAGCGAGCUGAGGAUGACGAGGUGGCCUAACAACGAGGACUGGAUGACCACAAUGACUGUCGCUCUCCUGGUUUGCGCAAAGACAAGGACAGACAGAUGUGGUGGAGCAAAGAAAACCCAGCUUCGAGUUCCUAGUUUUGGCUUAAUAAAUGAAAUGUGAUACAUGCGCAGGAUUUACAAAGGACGGUUUUUUUUUAUAUUGUAUCUUCAUUGCAAACACUGUGAGCCAUCGCUCAAGUUGGUAAUUAAAUUUCUCUGCA